GCAAAUUGGGUAAUUCUUAUAAAAACGCGUACAGACGAUUUCUGUCUACAGAAAAACGAUUAGAACUAAAUAAAAAGUUAGGUAAGGAUUAUCAGCAAUUCAUGUAUGAUUACCUAUAUCUUGGUCACAUGGAACCGCUGCGCGGCGCGGGGGAAGGGUCGGUCAAUGAACCAGGCUAUUUUCUACCGCAUCACGCUGUAGUAAACGAUAACAGUAGCACCACUCGUCUGCGCGUAGUAUUCGACGGUUCUAGUAAAACCGAUACAGGGAUAAGCUUAAACAAUGUCCUAUUAAAAGGACCAACAAUACAAGACGAUUUAUUAAAUAUUUUGGCUAGGUUUCGUACACACAAAUACGCUAUAUCCGCAGACAUAUCGAAGAUGUACCGUCAAAUUUGGAUUGCACCGGAGCAUCGGAAAUAUCAAAAAAAUAUUUUGGCGUGAAAAUAAGGAACAGCCUAUGCAAAUAUUUCAAUUAAAUACGGUCACUUAUGGUAUUGUCUCGGCAUCGUUCUUAGCUACCGCGUGCUUGUAUAAACUAGCGGAGGACGAGCAUAGUAAUUUUCCAAAGGCGUGUAAUACAAUAAAAAAUGACUUUUACAUGGAUGAUUAUUUAGGGGGUGCAAAUACGAAAGAGAUGGCCAUACAAUUACGUAAUGAUUUGCGAACAGUGUUACAAUCCGGUGGCUUUAACUUACGAAAAUGGUCUGCCAAUGAUCCGGAGUUAUUAAAAAAUUUAAAUACGGAAAAUAGUGAUUCUAUGUUGGUACUCGAAUUAGAAAACGAAAUGGCGAAAGUUCUCGGGGUACUGUGGCAUCCUAGGAAAGAUAUAUUUCAAUAUAAAGUACAGGAUACAAGUUCGGAAAUUCAAUCGACAACAAAGAGAAGCAUAUUAGCGCAAAUAGCUUCAUUGUUCGACCCACUCGGUUUAGUGGGACCUAUAAUUAUAAAGGCAAAAAUUUUAACGCAAGCAAUGUUAGCAAACAGUCGAUUAAAGUACUGGAUAAUUGGAGGCAGAAAUAUUGCUAGACAUAUAUUUCACCAGUGUGUAAAGUGUUUUCGACUUCGACCAACAGUAGUUGAACCAAUAAUGGCGGAUUUACCAUCGGAACGACUUGUGCCAAAUCGACCGUUUAAAAAAUGCGGGGUUGACUAUGCCGGUCCUAUUACCAUAAAAACAAGUUUACGAAGAAAUGCUACAACAAUAAAAGGGUAUAUCUGUGUGUUUGUAUGUUUUAGCACUCGGGCAGUCCAUAUUGAAUUAGUUGCUGAUCUAACUGCUGAAGCAUUUCUAAAUGCUUUAAAACGCUUUAUUGGACGCCGCGGUGUAUGCUCCGAUAUAUUUAGUGAUAAUGCUACUAAUUUUGUGGGAGCUAAUAAUAAAUUGUUAGAGCUAAAAAAAAUAUUUCAUACUGAAGAGCAUUUAACUAAAAUAUACGAUGCUUUAUCGUCUGAGGGCAUAAGGUGGCAUUUCAUACCCCCUCGAUCCCCUCAUUUUGGCGGAUUGUGGGAGGCUUCCAUUAAAUCUAUAAAAAAUCAUUUAUACCGAGUUUUAGGUACGGCUAAUCUGACAUAUGAUGAACUGAACACCAUCUUAAUUAAAAUAGAGGCAGUCCUUAAUUCCAGACCUUUAACCCCAUGUUCCUCCGAUCCUACUGAUACGACACCAUUAACACCGGCUCAUUUUUUAAUUGGUGAACCUACCUGUUCAUUACCGGAGCCAGAUUUAACUGGUAUACCAGAAAAUCGAUUAAAACGUUGGCAGUGGGUAACGCAAUUGACUCAAAUAUUAUGGAAGCGCUGGAGUAAAGAAUAUUUGUCGCAACUUCAAACGAGGCAAAAGUGGUUAGCAAAUAGGGGCCCUAAGCUCAAGAUCGGUACUAUAGUAUUAGUGAAAGAAGACGACGUGCCCCCGAUGUCUUGGUCAAUGGGUCGAGUUGUUCGUGUCCAAGCUGGUGACGACGGUGUCAUCCGAGUGGCGACUAUAUUAUCAAAAGGAAAAGAAAUAUCCAGAGCUGUCCGUAAACUUUGUCCUCUUCCUUUUGAGGAUAAUAGUUCGUAAAAUAUUUUUUUUUUAUUCUAUGAUAUCUUAUUGAUAUUUAAA